AUGCCGGAGUGCUCUACGCCGGAGUGCUUUACGUCGGAGUGCUCUACGCCGGAGUGCUUUACGUCGGAGUGCUCUACACCGGNUGGAAAUACACACCCCGAGAUUGCCGGUGGAAAUACACACCCCGAGAUUGCCGGUGGAAAUACACACCCCGAGAUUGCCGGUGGAAAUACACACCCCGAGAUUGCCGGUGGAAAUACACACCCCGAGAUUGCCGGUGGAAAUACACACCCCGAGAUUGCCGGUGGAAAUACACACCCCGAGAUUGCUGGUGGAAAUACACACCUCGUGAUUGCCGGUGGAAAUACACACCUCGUGAUUGCCGGUGGAAAUACACACCCCGAGAUUGCUGGUGGAAAUACACACCUCGUGAUUGCCGGUGGAAAUACACACCUCGUGAUUGCCGGUGGAAAUACACACCUCGUUGACAUAGCAGCACAAUGA